AACGAAAGUCGUAUAAGCAUGCAAGCUGUUAUCGACUCUAAAGGAAAAAUUUAUACUUUUGGUGGAUACCAUGUUCCUCAAUUUUUAUCUGGUUCACUUCCACCUAGCAUUACCAUUUUGAAUAACAUGAUUAUCAUAAAUACCAUCUUAGCCAAAAACUAUUCGAUUGUCAAUACAACUUCCGGAAUUAUGGGAAGAGCAUAUUAUAGUGCUACAAUGUUAGAUGACAGUAUUUUUUAUAUUGGAGGCAUCGAUUCUUCCUACCGAUCGGUCAGAAUAUCUAAUAUUAUCAUGUACAAUACAUCAACGAAUCAAUGGGCAAAUAUCAAUGUGAAUGUCACUGGUUCUGCAAUAAUUGAAAACCGUUAUGGACAUACGGCGGUUUUAACACCAAAUAAAAGUAGUAUUAUUAUUUAUGGAGGAAUUACGGAUAAUGGUAUAUCACCAGACCCCCCGCUUUUCUUUUUAAACACAACUCUCCCUUAUACAUGGAAUAUUCUCCCUCGAGAUGAAACCUUUCCACCUCCCAGCGCUUUUCACACCGCUAACAUUGUUGGAGAUUACAUGAUUAUUGCGUUUGGUCAAACUACAAAUUCGGUAAUAUCGCCAACAAAGUCUUAUAACAAGAUAUACUUAUUUGACAUAAACGCUUCUACGUGGGUACCAGUAACUACCAUAAGAACAGACUUGGGAGAAAAGUUGAUGAGAUCUUUAGAAGAAAUAGAGAGAUUCCUGCAAUAA